AUGCUCGAGGGAGUGCUCGCCUCGCUCCUUAACAAGCUGCUCGCAGCCUACGUCGACGGCCUCAACACAAGCCAGCUCAACGUCGGCAUCUGGUCCGGCGACGUCAAGCUCCGCAACCUCCGUCUCAAGACCUCGGCGCUCGACAAGUUCCGCCUCCCAAUAGACGUCAAGGAGGGCUACCUCGGCGACCUCACCCUCUCCAUCCCCUGGUCCAACCUCAAGGGCAAGCCCGUACGCAUCCUCGUCGAAAAUGUCUACCUCCUCGCCGCUCCCAAGAACGCCAGCGUCGAGGUCGAUGAGGAAGAAGAGGCGCAGCGUGCCCAGGCCGCAAAGCAGGAGAAGCUCACAAACGCAGAGCUCCUCGGCAGAGACAGCGGCCAGAGCGUAGGCAUCUCGUCCGAGGACGAGCAGAAGAACCAGUCCUUCACCAGCUCCCUCAUCACAAAGAUCGUCGACAACCUUCAGUUCACCGUACGCAACAUCCACAUCCGCUACGAGGACAGCCUCUCCAAUCCAGAGCAUCCCUUCUCCGCCGGCAUCACCCUCGCCGAAUUCUCCGCCGUCUCCACGGAUGCCAACUGGAACCCCACCUUCAUCCAGAACUCCGGCGACGGCAUCCACAAGCUCGCCCGUCUCGAGUCGCUCUCCGUCUACUGGGACACCGACUCCGACUCGCUCGCCGGCCAUGAAAUCAGCGAGGCGCAGAAAAAGUUCAACGCGCUCAUCGCACGCUCCGACUCGACGCCCGACCACCAGUACAUCCUCAAGCCCGUCAGCGGCGCAGGCCGACUCGUCAUGCGCAAAAAGAUGACGCCAGAGGUGCCAAAGAUGGAUGCACAGCUGCUCUUCGAAGAGCUCGGCUUCGCCCUCGACGACGAGCAGUACCGCGACGUCAUCUCCGUCGCCGACCUCUUCCACUUUUACACGCGCCAGGCACAGUAUCGCCGCUUCCGCCCCACCCCGGAGCAGCUCGCCGAGAACAGGCCGCGCGCCCUGCUCCGCUUCGCCGGCGCCGCCAUCCUCAACGAGGUGCACGAACGCCAUCGCGUAUGGACCUGGGACUACUUCCGCCAGCGCCGCGACGACCGCAAAGAGUACGUCGAGCUCUUCAAGCAAAAGGAGAAGCAAGUCCAAAAGACCAACCAGCAGCAGGCAGGCGUCGCCAUCGCACAGAGCGACAGCGGCUCGCGGCUCGAAGAGCUCGAAAGGAAGCUCGACUACAAGGACAUCCGCUUCUACCGAUCCAUAGCGCGUCACGAGCUGCGCAAGGAGUCGCUCGCCGCCAAGAAGGACGAGAUCGCCGCAGGCGGCAAUGGUCACGGUGCCAACGACCAGAAGGCGGCAGGUGGCGGCGGAUGGCUCAGCUGGAUCUGGGGAGGCGGUGGUGGCCAGCAGCAGCACGGCAACGACUCGGGCGUGCUGAAUGAAGAGCAGCGUAAGGAGCUCUACGACGCCAUCGAGUGGGACGAAGACGCGAGUGCAGCCGCCCUCACCCAGGCCGUCGAUGCACCGCGCGAUGCCAUGCACCUUCGCCUCAUCACCAAGCUCAAAACCGGCUCCGUCGCGCUCAAGGAUCAUGCCCGCGGCACCGACAUCCUCUCGCUCGUCUUUGACUCGCUCCAGGCCAACGUCAUCCAGCGCCAGGACAACCUCGAGGCAGCCGUCGCGCUCGGUGGCCUUCGUCUCUACGACGGCACAACGCCCAACUCUCUCUAUCCGCAGGUCGUCCGCGUCAAGGACGAGGAGCUCGACAGUUCCAGCCGUCAGAAUUCCGGCGGCGGCGAUCUCAAGCAGAUCGAGCACGAGGUCGAGCAGGAGAGCGACCCGGACAAUCCCUUCUUCUAUGCAAAGUACGAGCUCAAGCCGCUCGACGACCGCGCCGACAACGCACUCACGCUCAGGAUGCGCUCCAUGGAGAUCAUCUACCAUCGCGGCUUUGUCGAGUCCAUCGUGCGCUUCUUCAAGCCCCCAGAGAGCGAGCUGGAACUCAUCGGCGCCCUCAUCGACGUCGCCAGCGAGACCAUCGAGGGCAUCCGCAAGGAGACGCGCGCCGGCCUCGAAAGCGCGCUCCAGAACCACAAGACCAUCGACAUGGUCGUCGACGUCAAGGCGCCCAUCAUCAUCAUCCCCGAGGACGUCACCACCAAAAAGUGCCAGCACAUGGUGCUCGACGCCGGUCGCAUCGCCGUCCGCUCCGUGCUCGCCGACCAGAACGCGCUCGACACGGUGCGCUCCAAGCAGAAUCGCGCCUACACCGACGAGGACUAUCGCCAGCUCGAGGAUCUCAUGUACGACCGCUUCUUCGUCAAGCUCGAGUCCGCCCAGCUCGUCAUGGGCAACGACAUUGAUUCGUGCAUGAAGGGCCUCCACUCCAACGCCACCGACCAUGGCCUCCAUCUGCUCGAGCGCAUCAACCUCGACUUUACCCUCCACAACUCGAUCCUCUCGUCGGCGCCCAACCUCACCAAGUUCAAGAUGACCGGCCACCUGCCCACGCUGCGCGUCAACUUUUCCGACCGCAAGUACAAGACGCUCAUGCGCAUCAUCGACGUCGCCAUCCCCAACUUUGACGACGACUCGAGCGCUGGCAGCUCGCCCACCAAAGGCCUCGGCACCAUCGAGGAGGAGCUCGAGCCCGUCGCCAUUGGUCAGCGCCAGACGGGCAAGGACGACGACGACGAAUUGGACAAGGAUGCGGACAAGGACGACGCCAGAUCAUCGCGAAGGGCGCGGGGCCGGCCGUCCGACGCGCUGGAUCUCAACAAGGCGCGUCGGCAGCGUCUCGCGGGACAGCUGCGCGGCGAAGACGACUAUCUGGUCGACGCCGGCCUCGAUGACGACGACGGCAAGGACGAGUUCCAGGACGCCGAGGACGCCACCAUCGACAAGGUCAAUGCGCACCAGAAGACGUUUGAGCUCGAGUUUGUCGUCGACUCGCUCCAGGGCUCCAUCUUCCGCUCCGCCACCGACCCGUCCCAGCCUGACCGUCUCCUCGUCGAUGCCCGCUUCGAAGGUUUCCUCUUACACCUCGCCGUCUACCCGUACCACAUGGACGUCGAUGUCGGCCUGCGCAGUCUCGAGCUGGAGGACAAGAUCGUUGACCAGGGCGCGCAGUUCCGCCACCUCAUCACGUCCAAGCAGGUCCGGGACGGCAGCUCGCGCUCGGCGACGGGUGACUCGCAUGCCUCGUCGGGUACUGCAUCGCCCUCAGACCAACGCGAUCUGGUCCGUGUCAGAUACACCCGCGUCGAUCCCGAGUCGCCCGAGUUCAUGACCAAGUACGAAGGCAUCGACCAGACGGUCAACGUCGAGCUCUCGACUAUCAACAUCAUGCUCACCAGGGUCAGCGUGCUGGCGGUCUAUGACUGGAUCAUGACCACCUUUGUCGCCGUGGACGAGCCCACGGCGUCGUCUGCGCAAGAGUCCGAGGACAGCAAGCAGCGCCGACCGAGUCGAUCGUCCGAUCGACGUCCGAGCGACGCUACGUCCAAGCGGCCCUCGAUCCGACCUCCCGAGUCGGCUGGUGCCGCUACCGGCGGUACCGUAGCUGCAGCCAACGGCAACGGCGAGCGCAAGGAGAAGCUGCGUGUCCGUGUCAAGCUCAACUCGAUCGUGCUGCGUCUCAACAACGACGGCACGCUGCUUGCAACGCUCACGCUCUCCACGGCCGAUGUUGCCGUGAUGCUGCGCGGCAACACCAUCCGUGUCGCUGCACGCCUCGGCUCGCUGCUCCUCUACGAUAACGCCAAGCGCACGGUCGCCGACCCGCACUUCAAGAAGCUGCUCACCAUCCAGGGCGACGAGCUGGCCGACUUUACCUACGAGACGUUCGACGUCGCCGACGCUGCCUCCUAUCCGGGCUACGACUCGUCCAUCUGGCUGCGUUCCGGCUCGCUCAAGUUUACCUUCGUCGAAGAGCCCAUCCGGGACCUGCUGCAGUUCUUCAGCAAAUUCGCCCAGAUGAAGGCCGUGUACGAUGCCGCCACGCUGGCUGCCUCCAACCAGGCGUCGCAGCUACAGGAGCGCGUGGACCGCAUGCACUACGACGUGCUCAUCAAGACGCCCAUUGUCGUGCUCCCGCGCUCGGCCGACUCGCCGGACGUGAUGACCGCCAACCUCGGUGAGAUCUACGCCAAGAACACAUUUGCGAUGCGCGACAACAAGGAGGCCAUCACCAAGAUCGAGGCGGGUCUGCGCCACAUUCGCCUCGCCUCGCGCAUGCGCUACGGCAGCCAGGAGUACCACGUGCAGAUGAUCGACGACGUCAACAUCUCCCUCGACAUGGUGCAGUCCGACCGCGCUGGUGCCGAGCCUGGCACGGCCAACGACAGCCCAGAGACGCAGAUGGUGGCCAAGAUGUCCGAUGUCCACAUCAAGCUCACCGAGGCGCAGUAUUGUUUUGUCAUGGCGCUCACACAGUCGAUCCCGCGAGCCUUUGCAGGGCUUGCGGAGGAGGCCAACGGUCUCGACGAUGCAGCGAGCGGCGCGGCCACAACAUCGGGCGCAGCGCCAUCUGCAUCGACGCGGACGCCGUCGGGCCAGCUGCAGCAGCAGCCCAGUACGCCCCGCAAGCGCAAGACCGACGGCAGCGACUUGGGCCAAGACGGCGAGGCAGAGUCGACGAGCGCCACGCCGACCAAGAAAGGUCCGGGCGUCGACAUGCUCCCGGAACUCGGCACGAUUGUUCACCGGGAGGACGGUGAUGUUCCAGUCUACACGAGCCUCGACAUGUUUUUCGACGUCAGCUCGAUCCAGCUCGAGCUGUUCACUGCGGCCGCGACGGGCCAGGAGACGCUGUACAAUGCGCAGCUCGCCCGCUUCUCCAUCAACGGCUCCGAAGUCAAGCUCAAGAUGCUCUCGGACAACUCGCUCGAGGCCGAGGUGGCGCUCAAGACGUUUACCGUCACCGACCAGAGGCCCGACAAGGACACCAAGUUCCGCGAGAUCGUGCCCGCCGUCAAGCACGAGGGCCAUCAGUUCAUGAUGAGCUACAGCGUCUCUGGCGGCGACGAUGGCUCGGCGCUGGCGCUCGUCACCGUCGACAGCCCCAAGAUCAUCUUUGCGCUUGAUCCUGUCUUUGCGCUGCUCAACUUUUUCAUGAGCGCCUUCCCCGACACGCCGCCGGAGGAGGAGCAGAAGGCCAGCGCGCACGACCAGGCUGCGCCGGUGCAGCAGCCAGACGCUGCGAAUGCUCCGCCGCCCGCUGGAGGCACGUUUGCCUUCCGUGUCAACGUGGUCGAUCCGACCAUCAUCCUGCUCGCCGCGCCCGAACGCCACGAUACCGAGGCGAUUGUGCUGUCGAUCAAGCAGGUGCUCAUGUCGCAGCAGGGCAUCUUGGCGCUCAAGGUGGACCAGUUCGGCAUGUUCAUGUGCCGGAUGCACCGCCCCAAGGAUACGCUGCGACUGCUGGACAACCUCGACGUGGCGCUCUCGAUGGACAGCCGCGUGAGCCAGACGAGCUCGACGACGAGCAUCGAGGUGGAUGUCGAGCCGCUGGUGCUGCGCGUGUCGAUGCGUGACAUCAUGAUGAUCCAGUCGGUCGUCAACAAGGCCAUCGAGCUGUCGGCGCAGCAGCCGUCUUCGACGGGCCGGGCGGAUUCGAAGAGCAUCGCCUCGUCGCAGCGCAGGCAGGCAUCGAUGGCGAGCACCAGCAACACGAUCGACUCGCUCACAAAGGUGGCCAAGCCCGGUGUGGAUGACGGAAGCAGCACGCUCGAUGCGCGCCCGCCGCAGCGCAUCGAGGACGCCGAGCUCAUGAUCGCCAAAGAGUCACUGCGGGCCGACUUUGCCGGUGUCCAGGUGAUCCUGAUUGGCGAUGCGCACUCGCUGCCCAUGCUCGACCUCAACGUGUCCAAGUUCGCGGUGGAUGUGCGCGACUGGUCCGGCGAUAUGCAUGGAAGCACGUUCCUCGACCUGUACAUCAACUACUACAACCUGUCGCGCUCGCACUGGGAGCCGCUCAUCGAUCCGUGGGGCGUGCAGUUCCACAUGGAGUCGAGCGCGUCGCCCGCUCGCUUCAGCGCCACCGUGUCGAGCAAGAAGCGGCUCGAGCUCAACGUGACAACCACGCUCAUCGAAACGAGUCUGUCGGCCAUGUCGCUGCUCAACGAGGUGGAUAUCCAGGACCUGCAGCAGCGCAACCGCGCACCGUUUGUGAUUCAGAAUCGCACCGGCUACCGCAUCGCGCUGUGGGCCGAGCACGACGAGCGCGACCGCAAGAGCAAGAACGCACCGCAGCACCUGGACGACGGCAAGGACAUGCCGUGGCGAUUCGAUGACUGGAAGUCGAUGCGCGAGCACAUCCACGAGAGCGGCGGCAACCGCCUGUCGCUGCAGAUCGACGGCAUGCCGUGGGAGCGACUGCGCCAUAUCUCGGUGGAUCGCGAGGGCGAGUACAUGCUGACGCUGCGGCCCAAGCUCGACAAGGUGGCGCAUCGCGUCCAGUACGAGGUCAAGCUGCACAACAACGUCAAGUACAUCACCUUCCGGUCGUCGUUCAAGAUCGAGAACAAGACGCUCAUCCCGAUCGAGAUGGUGAUUCUCGAUCACGAGGGCAAUGUGACCGAUCAGGUGCGACGCAUCGGGCCUGGCGAGGACUGUCCCGUCCCCAUCGAGGCGGCGUACCACUGCCGCGUCAAGGUGCGGCCGGACCCAGGCUUCGAGUACGACUGGAGCAACGAGAGUCUCAACUGGCAGGACCUGCUCAAAAAGUCGACGCGCACGCUGACCUGCCGUGCGCACGACGAGGGCGAGGCGCCGUUCCGGUUCCAGAGCUUUGCGAUCUACGACCGUCAGGAUCCCAACAGCCGGGCCUACCCGCGCGUCACGCUGCGGCUGCGCGCGCCGGUCGAGGUGGAGAAUCUGCUGCCGUACGACAUCCAGUACCGCAUCUUUGACAAGAAUCUCAACCACAACUGGUCGAGCUACCUGCGCAAGGGCGGCAUCAGUCCGAUCCACGUGGUGGAGCUGUCGCAUCUGCUGCUGCUGAGUGUCGACAUCCAGUCGUCGUGCUUCUCGCCGAGCGAGUUUGCGAUCAUCGCGACGGACAAUCCGGACGACUUCCCCGUGGAGAAAACGCUGACGCUGGCGGAUGCCGAGAACCUCAAGCUCAACCUGCGUCUGCACUACUCGAAGCAUCCGGACUCGGGCGGCGCGUUCAAGGUGCAGAUCUACUCGCCGUACAUCUUUAUCAACCAGAGCGGCCUGCCGUUUGCGCUCAAGACCAAGUCGUGGCUCGGCAGCGCCAAGCUGGUGGCGGGCCAGGACAGCGGCGCGUCGGCGGCGAUGCGCAGAGAGCCGGAGCCGUUCCUCUUCUCGCACAACUCGAACGACCGGCGCAACCGCGUUCUCAUGCGCGUCGGCGACUCGCAGUGGUCCAAGCCGCUGUCGUUCGAGGCGAUCGGAUCCGAGACCGAGGUGGUGAUCCCGUCGGCGUCCAAGAACGAGGAGAUCCACGUCGGCCUCACCGUCGAGGACGGCCUGGGCAAGUUCAAGCUGUCCAAGGUGGUCAAGCUCACGCCGCGCUACCUGGUGCGCAACAAUCUCACGGGCCCGAUUAAUCUGCGCGAGGCGGGCGCGGCCGACUUUGUCACGGUGGAGCCGGGGCACCGCGUGCCGCUGCACUUCCUGAGGGUGGGCGCAACCAAGCAGAUGACGCUCGCCUAUCCGGGCAUCAACAACAAGUGGAGCGCGCCGUUCAACAUCGAGGAUGUGGGCAGCGUGCAUCUGCGGCUGGCCAAGGCGGGGCAGCACCAGCACCUGAUCAAGGCCGAGGUGCUGCUCGAGGGACCGACGAUCUUCAUCUCGCUGAGCCAGGAGGACGGGCCGUGGCCGUUCAUGCUGCGCAACGAGAGCGACUACACGGUGCAAUUCAUGCAGGCGACCGAGCGCAGCGACGAGGAGGGCGGCGGGAAGCGCGUCGACGAGGCGGUGGGCAAGCGGUACGAGCUCAAGCCGCGCUCCAAGAUGAAGUACGCAUGGGACUAUCCUGCGGCGACGGACAAGAUGAUCAAGCUGGUGAUCAACGGGCGCGAGCGCAACGUCAACAUCCUCGAGAUCGGCAGUCUGCUGCCGUUCAAGUUCGCCUCGGCGGACGGACGCGGGAGCCGGGUGGUGUCGCUGGACGUGCGCGCCGACGGCCCGACGCAGACGCUGGUGCUGAGCAACUAUGCGGAGGAGCUGAGCAACUUCAAGCUCAAGCGGCAGAACUCGACGUUUUCGCGCAGCGACACGGUGUCGAGCGUGGCGAGCCGCGAUGCGGGCUUUGUGGCGGUGGACGUGGACACGAACAUCCUGACGGCGUUCAACGUGGAGUUCGAAGGCGUCGGCAUCUCGCUGAUCAACCAAAACGUGCAGGAGCUGGCCUACGUCUCGUUCCGCGGGCUCGAGAUGCACUACACCGAGUCGGAGGUGACGACGGCGGUGAAUGUGAUCUGCAAGUGGAUCCAGAUCGACAACCAGCUGUUUGGCGGGCUCUUCCCGAUUGUGCUGUAUCCGACGGUGAUCCCCAAGGACGGCAAGGAUCUGGAGGUGCAUCCGACGCUGCAGGCGUCGGUGAUCAUGCUCAAGGACGAGUCGCACGGCGUGACGCACAUCAAGUAUGCGUCGGUGCUGCUGCAGGAGAUCACGGCGGAGCUGGACGAGGACUUUUUGUUUGCGCUCUACGAGUUUUCCAAGUUCGAGGGUGCCGCGUGGCAGCUCGAGGCGGAGAAGGAGACGGACUUCAUCGAGCAUCCGCGCGAGGUGCGCGAGCCGAGCGGCACGCAGACCGCGUCGGACGACAUCUACUUUGAGAUCCUGCAUCUGCAGCCGAUCGCGCUCAACCUGUCGUUCAUGCGCACCGAGCGCGUGAAUGCCGACGAAAAGGUCAGCUCGAGGAACCCGCUGAUCUUCUUCUUCAACGCGCUCACCAUGGCCCUGGGCAACGUGAACGAGGCGCCGGUGCGGCUGAAUGCGCUCGUCAUCGAAAACGUGCGGCUGAGCAGCGCGGUGCUGCAGCGGCGCGUGGUGUACCACUAUUCGCAGGGCUUCCUGCUGCAGCUGUACCGGGUGCUGGGCUCGGCCGACUUUUUGGGCAACCCGGUGGGGCUGUUCAACAACGUGUCGUCGGGCGUGGCGGACAUCUUCUACGAGCCGUACCAGGGGCUUGUGAUGCACGGCAACAAGGAGUUGGGGCUGGGCAUCGCGCGCGGCGCGUCCUCGUUUGUCAAGAAGACCGUGUUUGGGCUGACGGAUUCGGUGUCCAAGGUGACGGGGUCGAUCGGCAAGGGGCUGGCGGCGGCGACGAUGGAUAAGGAGUUCCAGUCGCGUCGACGCAUGUCGCGCUUCCGCAACAAGCCGCGGCACGCGCUGUACGGCAUCACGGCGGGAGCCAACUCGUUCUUCACCUCGGUGGCGAGCGGGUUCGAGGGGCUUGCGCUGCGGCCGCUCGAGGGAGCCGAGCAGGGGGGUGCGGGUGGAUUCCUCAAGGGCGUGGGCAAGGGGCUGGUGGGAGCGAUCACCAAGCCGGCGGUGGGGGUGUUUGAUCUGGCGAGCAACGUGACGGAGGGGAUGCGCAACACGACCAUGGUGUUUGACCAGAACGACAUUGACCGGGUGCGGUUGCCGCGGUACAUUGCGAGCGAUGGGAUCGUGCGGCCGUACUCGGACCGGGAGGCGCUGGGACAGACGUGGCUCAAGAACGUGGACAACGGCCGGCUGAUGAAGGACUCGUACGUGGCGCAUGUGGAUGUGGGGUCGAGCGAGGGCGAUGCGGUGAUCAUGUUGACCGUGUCGCGCAUCGUGUAUAUCCGCACCAUGCGGCUCAAGGUGAUGUGGGAGGUGGCACUGGCGGAUCUCAGCAGCAUCUCGCUGGAGAGCCAGGGCAUCGCGCUGGUGCUGCGCGGCGGGGUGAGUGGGCCGUUUGUCCAUCUGCCGGAUGUCAGCACGAGGAACUGGCUGUUCAAGCAGGUGUCCAAGGUGGUGCAGAACUACAAUGCCGCCAGGCAGACGUAA